AUAAUACAGCCAGUAUCCUGACAAGACGAAGGAGAUACAGCCGAACCGCUCAGGACACCUAUUACCUGCCGGUUCUGAUCUCUGACGGCGGGGUGCCCCCCCUCAGCAGCAGCAGUACGCUCACCGUCAGGGUCUGUGCCUGUGAGAGCGACGGACGAGUGAGGACUUGCCACGCUGAAGCUUUCCUCUCCUCGGCUGGCUUGAGCACAGGAGCUUUGAUCGCAAUCCUCCUCUGUGUUGUCAUUCUUCUUGCAAUUGUGGUCCUUUUCAUCACCCUAAGACGUAGCAAGAAGGAGCCCUUGAUCAUUUCAGAAGAAGACGUCCGGGAAAAUGUUGUUACAUAUGAUGAUGAGGGUGGUGGAGAAGAAGACACAGAAGCAUUUGACAUCACAGCACUGCGGAAUCCAUCAGCUGCUGAGGAGCUAAAAUACCGGAGGGAUGUUCGUCCUGAAGUGAAGCCUGCCCCCAGGAAUCAUCCCUCCUCAAGCCUUGACAGUAUAGAUGUUCAGGAGUUCAUUAAACAAAGACUGGCAGAGGCUGAUCUGGACCCCAGCGUGCCCCCGUAUGACUCCCUACAGACAUAUGCCUAUGAAGGUCAUAGAUCAGAAGCUGGAUCUAUCAGCUCUCUGGAUUCAGCCACAACACACUCCGACCAGGAUUAUAAUUACCUUGGAGACUGGGGACCUGAGUUCAAGAAGCUAGCUGAACUCUAUGGGGAAAUAGAAUCAGAAAGAACAACUUAG